CAAGAUCUCUUGUUUUUUUACAGCUGUGAAUCAAUUAAUGAAGAGAGAAAAACACAAUGAAGCAAUAGUUUUGAUGAAUGACUUAAAUUAACUGUUUAUAUAAAAGUCAUUAAGGAAAUUCGUAGUACAAUUCUAUGAUUAGAAAAAAUGAGCAAUAUGAAAUUUGUGUAUUGAAAAUGUAAGAGUGAAGAAUGACCAUAAGGUGACAGCUGUUUUUUCCCCCAUAAAUAUGAUUAUCGAUAUUAAUGAGCAUCGAAUUUUAAUGAAAAUGGCUAUUCUGAUAAAGAGGUUAUAAUAAUAAAAAAAAUAAUAAAGUAUUAUUAAUGAUGUUUAACGACUCAUUAAUAUCAAAUUCAGAUACAAGAAGUUUAUCGUCUUCUCAGAAAGAAGAGCUAAUUGAAAAUGUCAAGCAACAAAUAGCUAUUGCCAAUGCCCAAGAAUUAAUUACUAAAAUGAGUGAAAAGUGUUUUAAAAAAUGCAUUCUUAAGCCAGGUGCUUCUUUAGAUAACUCGGAACAGAAAUGUGUAGCCAUGUGUAUGGACCGAUACCUGGAAACGUGGAAUUUGGUUUCCAAAUCCUAUCAAAUUAGGAUACAACAUGAAAAAGACAGAAAUUGAUGUGACAAAUACGUUGUUGAGCUGUCAUAAAGUCGGUUAUAGAUAAUCUUAAUGUGGUGUACAGUGUUACAUUGUUAAAUAAAUUUUGACACUACCGGAAUCUGGUGCUGACUGUUUCACCAAGAUGAAAAUUCUUUGGCACAUUUUUGCUGCCAAUAUAUUUAUAAUCAUUUUCAGAUGAAAACAAUUUUAUCAAGAUAUAGCCCGAAUGAAGAAGAGGUAUAGUGAGUGGUAAAUGUAAUGAGAAGAUGCUUUUGCUGACUACUAUUAGACAUUGCAGUGGGAGACAGCUGAUGAACAUUAUAAAAAAAAUAUACACAUUGACUAGG